UUUUAUUCCUGCGCCAACUGUCACGACGUUUUGUUUUUCCACGUGUUUUUUGUAUAAAAUUUCACAAAUUUCAUAAAUAUUCUGGUUAAAUAAUUUUAUAUAGUUAAAAGUGAAAAAUGGCUGAUUUUAAAAAGUUGCAUUUACAAUCGUACAGCUUGUUAAAUCGCAAGGAAUCGCUUAAAGAUUCUCCUUAUUGGAAAAAUUUGCAGUUUCCAAUAACCAUAAAAAACUCAGGAGCUGUGACCCAAAUCAAUUUCUCUCCCAUUGAACCUUACAAUUAUCUAGUGGCCAAUUCAACACGAGUGCAAGUUUAUUCAAUUAAGUCAAAUGCUCCUUCGAAGACACCUCAUCAAUUUCACGAUGUGGUCAGAUCAGCAUGCUACAGGUCAGAUGGUCAGUUGAUAACUGUUGGCUGUGAUGAUGCCACAUUGUGGGUCAUCCAUCAAAAACAUUUCAAACAAGUUUUCAAUGGGCAUUCAAGAUCUGUCUAUUUAGCAAAAUUCUUGGACAACUAUAAAUUGUUCUCUGGAUCAGACGACAAAACAGUUAAGAUUUGGGACCUGGCUACCAAAUCUGAAAUCAUCACAUUCAAUGAGCAUGAAGACUACGUGAGAUGUGGCAACAAAGGAGCAUCUAAUGAUCUCUUCAUAACUGGAUCAUAUGAUCACAGAGUGAAAUUGUUUGAUUCGCGAUGUAAGCUCAGUGUCCUGACAAUGAACCAUGGCGAUCCUGUAGAAUCUGUCGUCAUGUAUCCAUCGGCUGGUGUCAUUGCAUCUGCAGGAGGGACGUCCAUAAAGUUGUGGGAUGUCUUAUCGGGUGGCAGGCUGAUGGGCUCCAUGAACAACCACCACAAAACAAUCACAAGUCUGUGCUUCUGUGACAACAGAAGAAGAUUGGUGUCUGCCUCUCUUGAUAGGCAUGUCAAGUUUUAUGACAUAUCAACCAACAACGUGACCUACUCUCUUGAUUACCCAACACCCCUCCUCUCCAUCGAUAUAGCUCCUGAUGACAGCCUGAUAGCCACUGGAUCAAUUGAUGGCAUGUUAACAUUGAAACAUCGCAAAUCAGAUGAAGAGGUAGAUAGAGAGAGGCUGGAAAAGAGGAUGAGAAAGAAAAGGUCAUCAAAUUCUUCCGUCCCAAUCAUUAAGAAGUUUCAACCUAGUGCUGAUGGUAAUGACGUCACGUUGCAUCAUCGAAGGAAAGAAAUGUUAAGUAAAUAUGAAACAUAUCUAAAAACAUUUCAGUACUCUAAAGCACUGGAUGAAGUUCUCGAAACAACACUGAGAACAAUCCAUCCCGAAGUCACCAUGACGAUGUUGGACGAGUUGAGGAGGAGGCAGGCGUUGAAUGGGGCUCUUGCAGGCAGAACUGACAAAGAUCUCGCUUCACUCCUCACAUUCCUUUUAAAAAAUUUUGUUCCUCCACACAUCAGCACUGUGACUGAAGUUUUGAACACAGUAUUAGAUGUUUAUCAGGAUCAGCUGAUGGAUUUUCCGUUAUCUUUAAUCCAAUUGUCAAAAUUAUUACAAGUCUCGAAAGACAGAAUUGAUUUCAUUGAUGAAGGUUUAGGGAUCGUAGGCAUUUUGAAGUCCAUUUUUGCAUCUUCAAACAUAAACAGUAACAUUAUAUGAUGAAAAAGUUUUCAAUGUUCUUCUAACUCUGACCGUGUCUUGAUUGCGUGUAAUUUUUUUUAUUGAAUUUCUAUGUUAUUGUUUAUAAUUAAGUGUAAAAAAAUAUUUAAAUCCGAUGUUUAUAAUAAAAAAUGAAAUAAUUCAUAUGGCGUAUGUUAAACGUUUUAUCUGAAAACAUUUUAUUAUCUGCCAAGUUAUAAAUCGG